AUGGAGGAGAAGAGAGACCGGAUGAGCCAACUCCCUGACGAUAUUCUUCUACUCAUCCUCGGCAAAAUGGACACAUUUGAAGUCGCUAAAACUACGAUUCUCUCCCGUAGAUGGAAACACCUAUGGCGUCUCGUCCCCAGCCUCCGCUUCCACCUGAGCUGCACCGGCCACUACGUCUUCGACUUGGAAGAUUUAACUAUCCGCUUCUCUCAUAUGGUCUCCCGCUGCCUCUCUCACCGUGACUCCGCAGCCGCUGUCCUCGACUUCCACCUCUCACUCGACGUCCCUAGUUACUGUAAUGUUGACGACGAAUUCUUGGACGAAAUUGUGGAGGAAUGCGUGCUCUACGCCAUCAAUCACGAUGUUCAAUCCGUCCGCGUCCACACCAAUGGCUCACUAACGCUUCCUAAAGCGUUUAUAUCCUGCAAGACGCUGCGGGAGCUCGACCUCCGGCAGUCGUACAUGGUUUCCGUACCGGGUCGCUUAUCUUUACCUAAUUUGAAAACCCUUUAUCUUGAAACUGAAUUGUGCUUCCGCGGUAAUGACAACAAAAUGGAGCCUUUUUCCGGCCUUCCAGAGCUGGAGAAGCUUACUCUCAUCGAUACGAGUCUGAUAGGGCUUGGGAGUGUGCAACCGUGA